AUGGCAUAUUUAAACCCUGCUCGUUCGUUGGGUCCAUCUUUUGUUUUAAAUAAAUGGGAUAAUCACUGGGUUUACUGGUUCGGUCCGCUUGUCGGCGGUAUUUCAUCAGGUUUGCUUUAUGAGUAUGUCUUCAGUUUGCGUCGAAAUUCACGAGCACAUAAAUCAAAUGUAGAUAGUGACUCAUUCUCUAUUCAUUCCGAGGACGAUAUGAACUAUGAUGUGGAUGUUGAAAAGCCCCACAUGCCUGCUAAAUAUUCACAUGGCACAUACCUCCGCGGUCAAACAAAUACCAAAUCAACAAUCGCAAGCAACGCUGGCACCAUUCCUACUGGUGGUAACUACUGUCAGAACUUAUAUACAGCCCCUCCACUAAAUAAACUCGACCAACCAGAACAAUUAUACGGAGGUACUCGCUCCCUAUAUUGCCGGUCACCUACGCUUACCCGCACCAAUUUAAAUCGCUCACAGUCAGUUUAUGCAAAGAGUAACGCAGCAAUAAAUCGCGAUAUCGUUCCUCGUCCAGGUCCCUUAGUACCGGCUCAAAGCUUGUACGGCAUGCGAGGGACACAAGCGCAAACACAGGCUCAAUCAUCUAAUCUGCAAAAUCAAAACGUACAGAAUCAGUUGCAGCAGCGUUCAGAGAGCAUUUACGGCAUAAGGGGAUCAACGAGACAAUCACAGCAACAACAACAACAUUCGCAUCAGCUACACUCGCAACAACAACCUCAUCACCAAAGUCCGAUCACUGCUCAUCACCACCAUCAACAGCAGCAACACCAUCAGCAACAGCAGCAACUUCAUCAACAUCAACCUACUCCUCAUCGACGGCAGCCCACUAGUGAGGAAGGCCAACAAGGUUUUCAGUCCGUAUACGGAAUUCGUCAAAAUCCUAAUCCACACGAUGGUAAUCUCAAAUAUGAUCGUCGACCAGAAUCGGCAUACGGCAUGACAAUGCAUCGUAAUCGUGGCCAAUCGGCGCAGUCGGAUGACAGCUCCUACGGAUCCUACCACCGAUCAGCAGUCACACCUCCUGCCCGUAACCAAACCGGUGGCGAACCGAUACUUAUGUACGCACCACCACCACCAAUUCCAUCAAAUUAUUCCCAAGUUGGUGCGCCACCCAUGCGCACGCAGUCAGAGCGCAAAGUAACUGCACCAGUUGUGGUGUCACAGCCGCCACAGAUCACAACCGGUAUGGUCACAUACUCGACGAGUUCGAAUCAAUCCCUGCUAUCAGCAACCCCGGCCCAACAGACAUCACAACAGCAGUCACAGCAACAGCAGCAGCAGCAACAAUCGCAACAACAACAACAGAUUUUAGUACAACAACAUCAAACAUCUCAACAGCCACACUAUGGCAUGUUACCGAUGCAAAGCAAUUGAAGGUGGCGCUGAUGGGGCCCGUGAAUACCGAGUGAUUGUCUGAACGGAAGUUUAUAAACCAAAAAACGCUUUCCGAACAUUAAAGUAAA